AUGCUGUAUUUAUAUGGGAUAUUCGUCUACUUGCAACUGUUGAAUGCGGUUAUCUCGGAAUUUACUCCAGAUUUCAAUAAUUUCUUAGUUGACUUGUAUACCGAGCCUGGUCGAAAAGUACUCGAACGUCUCGAUUUUGGGAAAAGCGGAAGUUUCGGUGGCAAGAUGAAUUCAUUACAAAUCAUCAAUAGAAAGCCUGUACUCAUAGUCCAUGGAGUUACAAACACGGCAGCUCGUUUUGAAUUUGUUCGAAAAUAUUUAAAGAAAAAUCAUUUCUCGAAUGCUGAGAUUUAUGGUACGACUUAUGGAGAGGGUACUGGCGCUUUCACCAUAUUUGUAAAACUACAGUGUCAAUACGUUCGCCAAAUAAGAGCAAUGAUCCAGGCGGUUUAUGUUUAUACGCAGUCCAAAAUUGAUAUUUUGGCCUUUUCUAUGGGUUCCCCUAUCACAAGAAAGGCUAUUUUAGGUGGACUGUGCGAAGAUGAUUUCAUAGGAAAACCUCUAACUCACAUGGUUGAAACAUUCGUGAGUGUUGCAGGAGCGAAUUAUGGCUCAUCUUUGUGUUUCGUACCAUUCUGGGUUUGCUCGAAGCGCAAUGGAUUACAUUGUAAAUCCAAAUUUCUGCAAGAAAUCAAUAACCAAACAUCACGAUAUGAAGGCAGGUUUUCCUAUUCCAUCUAUAGUGAUUCUGAUGACAAGGUUGGUGUCGAUUGCUGCGGAAACAAAUGUUCCUCAUUACCUCAUUCCAAUGACGAGUUCCAACUGAAAGGCUUUGACCACGAUCAGGCAAUUCUUUUUUUUUCUAUUUUUAUUGAAAAAACAAAAAAAUUUCACAUUUUACAGGUGAUGGAGGCUUCAUUAAAACUGCAACUGAAUCUCAUCCAACAACAGAAUACAACUGCCUAG